UCCCUCUCUCCCUUCUAGGGUUCCAGCUCCAACUCAUCCGUAGAAAAGUGUAGUAGUCAUGGCGACGAGGCGAAGGUGCUCGGCCCCGUGUCGCUGGUACCGAACGGAGAGCGGUCGCCUCACGUCACGCAGGGAAUCGCUGUGGUCGAGGUUCCUUCCGGAGCUACUGGAGAAGGUCUCCGAUCACCUGCCGGUCCGCGACCUCAUCGUCUUCCGUCAGGUCUGUCGGAGCUGGCGUGCAGCCCCCUCCGGUCGUGCUCUCAUCACCAAAUUCUCCAAGAACCAUCGCUGGUUCCUCGUCUACGGGCGCGACGGCCGCGCGGAAAGCAGCAACCAUGCCUGCUACUUUAAAGACCCCUGCUAUCCGGAUCACUGGUGCACCGUCGUCUUGCCCGAUCUCCGCGGAGCCACCUGCCUCGUGUCGAAGGGAGGGUGGUUGCUUGCGCACCGCGAUCGCAGUCUCUUCUUCUGCAACCCUCUGACCUUCGAGAGAAUUGAUAUCCCUGGUUACCCGAAAACGGAGGUGAACGAGCGAAUGUGCAUCUUCCUAUCAUCUCCGACCGCCCCCGAUUGUAUUGUAGCCGUUCUCCGAUGCGUCGAUUCGUCAAAGUUAGAGGUUGAUUCGUGCUGCGUCGGUGAACCGUCAUGGACGACGAGGCUCGUAGAGACGAACUGCGUCUGGAGCAAUGAGAAGAAAUUGGCCCGCAUCUGCAACUGCAGCGACCACGAUCCAGGCAACUGCGUCUGGCGGAAGGCGGUCUUCAUCGCCGACGCACACGUCUCGGUGGCCUACGAUCUAGCGACAGGCAGAGUCUUCUCAUGGAGCGGGGGGUCGAGUGACAUGCGCUCGAACUCUGGUCGGUCGAAGUUUGAAGUGCGCACGGAGAGCUCAUUGUUACCGAGCGGCACGGUGAUGGUGUUCGAAUUGUUGAUCUGCCCAUUCGUGCGAGUGAAGGGGGAAUUGAUCGACGAGGAAGUUGCUGUCGUUACCCGAGAUCAGGGGCCCCAGAAGCAAAUGGAUAAGACCUGGCAAGAGAAGUUGAAGUUGAAGUUGCUGCUCUUUUAA